AUGGGCAAGCGAUCGCGCAACGGACGAGGCGGAGGCCGCGGUGGCGGCCGCGGCAGCAAGAAGCCGCGCGCCGAUGGCAAGGCGGAGGACUGGCGCGCCGACAAGUUCGCAGACUGGGUGUACGAGAACGAGAACUUCGACGCGUACUACAAGGCGCAGAACAUCAUGGCGGACGCGGACUGGGCCGCGUUCAAGAAGGCACUGGCCACGCCGCUGCCCACGACCUUCCGCAUCAACAGCUCGUGCCCGUUCGCUGACCGUAUCCGCGAGCACAUUGAGCAGGACUUCAAGUUCGACGGCCUGGUGGUGGACGAUGAGCCCGUGGAGCCCAUCAGCCCCAUGCCCUGGUACCCGGACAACCGCGGCUUCACGUGGUCGGUGGAGCGUCGUCGUGUGCGCAAGCUGCCGAUCCUCAAGGAGUUCCAGUCGUGGCUCGUGGAGCUCUCCAACAGCGGCAGCAUCACGCGUCAGGAGGCUGUGAGCAUGAUCCCGCCUCUUGUGCUGGGCGUGGAGUCGCACCACAAGGUGCUGGACAUGUGCGCUGCCCCCGGCUCCAAAACGUCGCAGUUGCUCGAGUCGCUGCACUCGAAGGAGUUCGAGACGGGCAAGACCCCCACUGGUGUGGUGGUGGCGAACGAUGUGGACCUCAAGCGCGCCUACAUGCUGGUGCACCAGUCCAAGCGCAUCAGCUCGCCGGCCCUGCUUGUCACCUGCCACGAGGCUCAGAACAUCCCGUUCCUUGGCGAGGACGGCACGGAGCGUGACGGUGUUUUUGACCGUAUCCUGUGUGACGCGCCGUGCAGUGGUGAUGGCACUCUGCGUAAGAACCCGCUCAUCUGGAAGAACUGGAGCGCCAAGAACGGUAUCGCGCUGCACCCGCUUCAGCUGCAGAUUGCCAAGCGUGGCGCCGCCUUGCUCAAGGUUGGUGGCAACAUGUGCUACUCGACGUGCACGUUCAACCCGCUGGAGAACGAGGCGGUGGUGGCCGAUCUUCUGCGUUGGGGUAAGGGCUCGCUGGAGUUGGUGGACGUGUCGAACACGCUGCCGCUGUUGAAGCGCCGUCCUGGUAUCAACACCUGGAAGGUGAUGGAUUCGAAGCUCACGGAGUUUGCGUCGUACGAGGACUACGUUGCCCAGGACGAAAAGGAGAAGACCAAAGACAAGAUCCGUGCUACUAUGUUCCCGCCUACGGCUGAGGAAGCGGAGAAUCUGCACCUGGAGCGUUGCAUGCGCUGCCUGCCUCAGGACGAGAACACGGGCGGAUUUUUCAUCUGUCUGCUGAAGAAGGUGGCGCCGACCCCGGAUGAGAAGGAAGAGGCUACUGAAUCUGCGUCUGACGAGGCCAGUGCUGAGGAGGCUAAGCCGCGUAAGAACCGUCGCGACGACCGCCGUAACAAGAAGGGCGAGGUGUACGUGGCGUUUGGAGCCGACAACUGGACCAACGUUCGCGAGUACUACGACAUUGCCCCUGAGUUCUCGGCAUCGCAGCUGAUCACGCGUUCGGAGGACGCAAAGUCCGUCACGUUUGUGACCGAGAGCAUUACGAUGGCGUUGCUCGAGGAAAUGAAGCGCAAGAAGCUCAAGGUUGUGUACGCCGGACUCAAGAUGUUUGAGCGCAACGAGACUACCGAGGGCGGCAAGGUGUACCGUGUGUGCCAGGCCGGUCUGCCGCACAUUCUGCCGUUCAUGAACAAGCGCAAGGCGAAGGUGUCGACGAAGGACUUCCAGAUGAUGCUGGAGCGACUUGGUGAUCUGCUGGACUUCGACGAGUUCGAGCCGGCCACUCGCCAGUAUUUCCAGGACGCUCCGAUUGGUAGCGUCGUGUGCAUGCUUGACCGUCCGGGCCAGACCAACGUCGAGUACGUUGCCCUACUU